UUCCCUUCUUCAUUAUCCAAUCUCUGAAAAACCCACCUCAGAGAGAAGAAGCCUUCACUUCAUUCUGGCAUCUUCAUAACUUCCCUCAGAGUCUGAGGUUGCUCAGUAUUAUUUAGCUCCUAUUUUCUCUUCGUCAGAAAACUUUCAUAUUGCAUUAAAGAGAACUCUCUUUUCUUUCCUUUUCAAUUCCCAAAUCUUUUCUUCUGCUUCUUGCUCAUUCAAUCAACCAAAAUGGCGCCAAAGAACAACCGUGGAAAGUCCAAGGGAGAGAAGAAGAAGAAACAAGAGAAGAUUCUUCCUGUUGUCAUGGACAUCACUGUGAACCUUCCUGACGAAACCAAUGUUAUUUUAAAGGGAAUAUCAACAGACAGGAUCAUCGACGUUGGUAGAUUAUUACGUGUGAACACAGAAACUUGCAACAUCACAAAUUUUUCACUAACCCAUGAGGUAAGAGGCCCGCGAUUGAAGGAUACAGUGGACAUCUCCGCACUGAAGCCCUGCAUACUAACUCUGGUCGAAGAGGACUACGAUGAGGAGAGGGCCACGUCGCACGUUAGACGGCUGUUGGACCUCGUGGCCUGUACGACGAGCUUCGGAACGUCGUCGGCUGGCAAGGACCAGAGCGCGAAGCCCGAUGCGUCGUCGUCUCCGACAGGUGGCGGCGCUAAACCUGCGCCGUCGAGUGCGCAGGAUAGCAAGACCGCGAAGAAACCCUCCGCUGGCGCCGCCGCCGGUGCCACCUCCAAGUCCCAAGGCUCUCCGGCGGUUGACUCGGAGACCGAGAUGACUCACUCGUGUCCGGAGCUCGGCGCCUUCUACGAGUUCUUCUCUCUCUCUCACCUCACUCCUCCUCUGCAAUUUGUAAAGAGAGUGAUGAGACGGCAAGUCGACGACAUUUUGGUCGAUGAUCAUCUUUUCUCUCUUGAAGUGAAGCUUUGCAAUGGAAAGAUUGUUCAUGUCGAAGCUUGUAGGCAAGGGUUUUAUAGCGUUGGGAAGCAGCGGAUUCUGUGCCACAACCUCGUUGAUCUGUUACGACAGCUUAGUAGAGCCUUUGACAAUGCUUAUGAUGAUCUCAUGAAAGCAUUCUCAGAACGCAACAAGUUUGGGAAUCUUCCUUGUGGGUUCAGAGCCAACACGUGGCUUGUCCCGCCAGUUGCAGCCCAGUCGCCGUCAGUUUUCCCUCCUCUCCCUGUGGAGGAUGAAUCUUGGGGAGGAAAUGGAGGUGGGCUAGGAAGAGAUGGGCAAAGCGACCUGAUACCUUGGGCUAGUGAGUUUUCAUUUAUUGCAUCCAUGCCUUGCAAGACAGCCGAGGAAAGGCAGGUUCGAGAUAGGAAGGCAUUCCUUCUUCACAGCCUAUUUGUUGACGUCUCCAUUUUCAGAGCCAUUAAAGCCAUUCGGCAUGUAAUGAACAAAAGGGAUUUAAUCUUUCCAGUCACAGACAGCAAUGUCCUUCAUACUGAGAAAGUGGGGGACUUGAGAAUCACAGUCAUGAAAGAUGCUCCCAAUGCAAGCACUAAGAUUGAUACUAAAAUUGAUGGAGUUCAAGCAUUUGGAGCUGAUAAAAAGAAUCUAGUAGAAAGAAAUCUUCUGAAAGGGAUAACUGCUGAUGAAAACACUGCUGCCCACGAUGUUUCCACUCUGGGUGUUGUGAAUGUAAGAUACUGCGGUUACAUUGCAGUUGUGAAAGUAGAGGGUAAAGAUGAGAAAGUCAGUUCUCCAUCCCAAAGCAGUGAACUUCUUGAUCAGCCUGAAGGAGGUGCCAACGCUCUUAAUAUUAGCAGUUUGAGAUUACUACUCCACAACACACAGGCUUCGGAGCACUAUAAGCUCGGAUCAGAUUUUCAGACAUUCGAACAUCAAGAGCUUUCUGUAUCCUGUGGUUUUGUUGAGAAACUUUUAGAAGACGGUCUUGUCAAAUUGGAGCAAGAGGGCGUAAGUUUGGACCAAUUUGUUAGGUGGGAACUUGGGGCCUGCUGGAUACAACACUUGCAAGACCAGAAAAAUACAGACAAAGAUAAGAAACCAUCUAGUGAGAAGGCUAGGAACGAUAUGAAGGUUGAGGGGCUUGGAACACCUCUUAGGUCCCUUAAGAACAAGAAGAAAUUAGAGGGAAACAACACGAAAUUCCAACCCCAGAACUUAUGGUCUCCUGCAGAUGGUGCUACUAUGGAAGCUGAAACUGCUACAUCACCUUCGGUGGAGGUUGAAACCACUGCCAAAGAGAAUGAGCUUGCUUUGAAGAAGUUGUUGUCUGAUGCAGCCUUUGCUCGACUUAAAGAAUCUGAAACUGGACUUCACUGCAAGUCUCUUCAAGAACUAAUUGACUUAUCUCAGAAGUAUUACUUGGAAGUUGCUCUUCCCAAACUGGUAGCAGAUUUUGGUUCAUUGGAACUUUCUCCAGUUGAUGGUCGGACUUUGACUGAUUUCAUGCAUACCAGGGGUUUGCGGAUGCGUUCUCUGGGACAUGUUGUCAAGCUUUCAGAAAAGCUAUCUCAUGUCCAGUCACUUUGCAUUCAUGAGAUGAUAGUACGAGCUUUUAAGCACAUUCUUCAGGCAGUAAUUUCUGCUGUUGCAGAGAAUGAUAAAAUGGCUGUGUCGAUAGCUGCCGCACUCAAUCUUAUGCUUGGUAUUCCUGAAGACGAUGAGUGUAAUAAGUCUUGCAAUGUCCAUUCUCUUGUGUGGAGAUGGCUGGAAGUAUUCUUGAAAAAGCGAUAUGACUGGGAUCUCAGCAGCUUCAGUUACAAGGACUUGAGGAAAUUUGCAAUCUUACGUGGACUAUGUCAUAAGGUUGGUAUAGAGUUGGUUCCUAGGGAUUUCGACAUGGAUUCUCCGAACCCAUUCCGAAAGUCGGAUGUUGUCAGCUUAGUGCCUGUGCAUAAGCAAGCUGCAUGCUCUUCCGCAGAUGGGAGGCAGCUACUAGAAUCUUCCAAAACAGCUUUGGAUAAAGGAAAACUUGAAGAUGCGGUUUCUUAUGGAACCAAGGCUCUUGCAAAGCUUGUAGCAGUUUGUGGUCCAUAUCAUCGAAUGACAGCAGGAGCUUACAGCCUCCUUGCUGUAGUUUUAUAUCACACUGGAGACUUCAAUCAGGCUACAAUUUAUCAACAAAAAGCCUUGGAUAUCAAUGAGAGAGAAUUAGGACUUGAUCAUCCAGACACGAUGAAGAGCUAUGGGGAUCUUGCUGUGUUCUAUUACAGACUUCAACAUACGGAGCUGGCUCUCAAGUAUGUAAAGCGUGCUCUGUAUCUUUUGCAUCUGACAUGUGGUCCAUCUCAUCCAAACACUGCUGCAACGUACAUCAAUGUGGCUAUGAUGGAAGAAGGUCUGGGAAAUGUCCAUGUUGCCCUUAGAUAUCUUCACAAAGCUCUGAAAUGUAACCAAAGGUUACUUGGCCCAGACCAUAUUCAGACAGCAGCAAGUUACCAUGCUAUUGCAAUUGCCCUCUCAUUGAUGGAAGCAUACCCUUUGAGUGUUCAACAUGAGCAGACAACCCUGCAAAUUCUGCGAGCAAAACUUGGUCCUGAUGACCUACGUACUCAGGAUGCUGCUGCUUGGCUCGAGUAUUUCGAGUCUAAGGCUUUUGAACAGCAAGAGGCUGCAAGGAAUGGUACUCAAAAGCCUGAUGCCUCUAUCGCCAGUAAAGGUCACCUGAGUGUUUCAGAUUUGCUCGAUUACAUUAAUCCAAGCCAUGAUGCGAAGGGGAGGGAUGCGUCCAAGAGGAAAAGCAACAUGACAAAGUUGAAGGGAAAAUCUUACCAAACUAUCAGCGUAGCAAGUUCUGACGAGUCUCCGAAGGAAACAUCAAAAGAGACUUCAGAUGAAGAGACACCUAUUCUUGAACCACAAGGCAGUACAGGUGUCAUCCAGGAGCCCACCGCUGUACCAGUUGAGCCCCAUUUGACUGUUUUAGAAGAGUCUUCAGUGGAAAGACCGAAUAGUUCCGGUGAGGUAUCUUCUGAAGGAGAAGAAGGAUGGCAACCAGUUCAAAGGCCUAGAUCAGCUAACUCCUAUGGACGACGUUUAAAGCAGCGUCGGGCAACUAUUGGCAAAGUCUAUACUUACCAGAAGAAACAUAUGGAUACUGACGUGGAAUAUCCUUCUGUGAAGAAUAAUCUUCAAAGUAGUAGUAGGUAUUAUGUUGUGAAGAAAAGGACAAUAUCUCAUGGAAGUCAUAUGGAUCAACAGAAUACCAAUACCUCCCAGGUUACGAAGUUUGGACGAAGAAUAGUUAAAACUGUAACCUACAGAGUCAAGUCAAUGCCUUCAUCCACUAAAACUGCUACACCAGAGACUUCCAGAAAUGGUGGCCUGGUUUUUGUCUCUCCUGUAGAAUCUGGUCAAAGUUCAUUAAAUGACAUAAAUUCCAUGAAAAAUCCUAUUGUUAGUCUUGGCAAAUCUCCAUCAUAUAAGGAAGUAGCAUUGGCUCCACCAGGUACUAUUGCUAAGAUGCAAGUUGAGAUGCCUCAAAGUGAUAUUCGGGACAACACUGAACAUGAUGUUGGAAAACACGAAGAGGAAACAAAUGAAGCAAAAGGAAACGCUGAUUCAAUUGUUUCUGGAGUAGAAAAUAUACUUCUAGACAAGAACGAGAAUUCUACAGAUCUUUUGAAAGAGGAAACUAAAGUUAUUAAGGAAGAAGAGACUCAUUCAACUGAUGCAACGGAAGAAAAACCUUCUGUAAUUGUGUUUGGGAGUAUGGAUGGACUUGGGUCCAGCGGUGUUGAGGUUUCUAGAGUGAUAGAAGAUAACUCAUUGAUCGAUGGGCUGCAAGAUUCUUUUGCUCCUUCAAAGGAGGAGGGACUCUCUGAGAAGAAUUCAUCUAGCAGUUUUGAACUACAUGUUAGUCCCAGCCCCAAUCUACUGGAGGCAGACGGUUUGAAGGACAAAUCUUUAAAUUCAGGCGAUAGUCGUGCACUUACCAAUAAGAAGUUGUCGGCAUCUGCAGCUCCAUUCAACCCCUCUCCAGCCAUUGCACGUCCCACACCGGUUACCAUGAACAUUACUCUUUCUGUUGGUCCUGGUGGUGUCCCGGCUAUUGCACCUUGGCCGGUAAACAUGAAUCUUCACCCAGGGCCUGGUGCUGUCUUACCUACAGUUAAUCCAAUGUGCUCAUCACCUCAUCACCCAUACCCAUCUCCUCCACCAACGCCCAACAUGAUUCAACCAUUGCCCUUUAUGUACCCUCCUUAUACUCAACCUCAGCCGGUUCCAAGCAGCACUUUCCCUGUAACAAGCAGUGCGUUUCAUCCCAAUCGUUUCCCAUGGCAGUGCAAUAUGAAUCUGAGUGUACCAGAGUUUGCUGCUGGACCGGUUUGGACUGCCUGCCAUCCAGUGGAGUUCUCUGUUCCAGCACCUGUUGCUGAGCCAAUUGCUGAUCCUGUAAUGGAGCAAAUACCACAGCAUGAUGAUUCUGCUCCAAUUCUGCCCGUCGACAUUGAAACUGUAACGGAGGUUAAGAAAGAAGCGAACCUUCAAGCAUCAGAGGCAAUUGGUCAUGCAAAUCCGGUAGCUGGAGUUGGGUUGGAGAAUAUUAAGGAAAAUGGUCCUUCAAAUCUAGGAGGGGCUGAAAAUGCUGGAAAUGAACCAAGUAACAGGAGGAGUGGAAAAGCUGGACGCAGUGAUGAAAAGAUGGAUGGUGAAAGAACCUUUAGCAUUUUAAUAAGGGGGAGAAGGAACCGAAAGCAGACUCUGAGAAUGCCGAUUAGUUUGCUCAGUCGACCAUAUGGCUCACAGUCCUUCAAAGUUAUAUAUAAUAGAGUAGUUAGAGGGAGUGAUGUUCCCAAGACAACUAGCUUUUCUUCAACCGAAGAUUGUACAGCUAGUGCUACAUAAUCCCUUUUCAUUAUUCUUAUUAUCUAGAUGUACCAGGGUUUUUGAGAGAGAAGUGCAAUAUAAAACUCCUAUCAUACGCACAAGGGACAACAAAGGAUCAGAUCUUCUUUGGCUUUCAUAUUCAAGAUCUUUGCAGUUUCUGAGAAAACCCAUGUCUGGCGGAAAAUAGCAGGUUCAUUAUGGAACUUUCACUUUUGGGACUUCUACAAGCCGUAUUGUUUGAGGUGACAAUUUUGGCUUCACCUAUAGUAGGAAAAUUUUCUUAUUUUGGACCACAGCAUUUGAUGUGAAAUCAGUUUUUUCGAUUUCCAUAGCGAUGAGCUUGCUCAAUAAUGGGAAUAAAUUGUAUACGACCUCCAAUUUUGUCCUUUUACUUUUUCUGGCCUUUUUUUGACUGGCAAUCAGUAUUUCUUUGUCAAGUUCGCCAAUAUCUACUUUAUUUUUUAUACAUAACAUGUGAAACCAUUGGCUCU